AUGGCUGCCAACACCGGCGCCCCGCAGCAGCACGAGCAGGCAGAAAAGCAGCCGUGCCAGCAGAAUAUACAGGAAAACUGCUUGACUUUGCGUGGAAUGGGGGAGGAUGCAGGUGCGCUGCCGCGUAUUUUCUCAACGACGCCGAAGCGCAGACGCCGUUUCUCAACAAAGGGCGCGUUGCAGCAACUCCAAGAGAGAGCCUUGCGCAGUUCUCGCCGGAGUGGUACCGGUAGCGGUGGCUCGCUCCCGCGGUUACGGUCUAUUGAGGCUGCCGUCGACGGCAGUGGCAGAAUGGAAGUCAUAGUGAUACAUUCAAAAGAGAUUUUGAGGUUGAGCAAAAUGUUUGGCGUGUCCCCAGAGCACGUGCGAGAGGUGGCUUUCGCCGCACAGGGCGAACGCGGACUGAUGCAGGCCAUUCUUUGCAGCGAGGCUGAGUAUCGCGAGAUGCAGGGCGAGUCGCCGCCGCCGUCGGGGCAGCGAAACCGAAGCGGCAGCCUUUGUGGCAGUGAAUUUUCGCCGCGGUUGCAGUACGGCUCUAAGCACGCGGUGCGGGAGAUCAUGAAGCUGCUGAGCUUGCCCCCCGCCAGGGAGGGGGACGUGAUUCAGGUGCUCAACGCCAGCCACGGCGACGCCCAGAGGGCGUUGUCUGUGCUGCAGGAAAUGUUUGAGGGCGAGGGCGGCGCCCCUGCCAAGGGGGCGGUGCAGCUUGCCGAAAGUAUGUCGGAGCAGGACGUAACGAAGCUGCAGAUGUACAUGAACCUCCUGGGCACCUCGCUGGACGACACACGCGCCGAGGCGCUCCACACCGAGUUUCCAGAGCGCCCCAUGCGGGACAUAGAGGACGCGCUACGGCUCACCGACGGAGACCUGACGCAGGCGCGCCUGUACCUUGAGCAGGUGCCCGCACAGAAGGCCUCCCGCGAGCGCCUCGAGGCGGCCAUUGCGCCGCCAGAAGGGGAGGCGGGCAGAGGCAUGGCGCUGCGAUGCCCGAGGCGGCGGUCCUCCGUCGUCAGCAUUGCCAGCCCGCCGUUCUCCAGCUCCUUGGACCCUGUUUUUGCACGCGUGGGGAGGAGUGGGGCAACCGUUCCGCGCAGCCGCGCGGCCUCCACGCCUUGCCCAUCGGCGAACGCACUUCCAGGCGUCGAGCCCACCUUCCAUGAGAAACGGCAAAGCACACCGGAGUGGGGUGGGGCAGCGACGUGGUCGCUGGCGACACCUGCAGAGAUGCCCGAAAUGAUGCCGCAGGUUGCAGGGGCGCCACUGAUGGAGAAGCGAAAAAGACUCGGCAGCGUGCAUGCCCUGAACAGUCCAGAAGAUGAAGUGGACGAUGACCAGCUAUCGCCGCGCAGCGCUGCCGCGAUUGCAUGUGCAUUUAGUCCGCCUAGUGGGCGCAGAAAGUCAGACAACAGAAAGUUUGUCUCUUCUGGGUCUGCCUUGCCCCAAUCACCGCCGCCACCACCGUCUGGCUCUGCAGCAAAGCCUGGGCCGCCUGCACCGGCCGGACUUCCACCGCCGCCACCGCCGCCACCACCGUCUGGCUCUGCAGCAAAGCCUGGGCCGCCUGCACCAGCCGGACUUCCACCGCCACCGCCGCCACCACCGUCUGGCUCUGCAGCAAAGCCU